CAGAGUGUGAGAGAGAGAUUGUUCACAGAGGAGACAGUGGGACCGUUCUGUGUUCAUCAUGGAUUUUUCAUCUGGAGUUUUGAUCCUGUAUUCUCUGUUAUGUUCAGUGGCUGCUCAGGCUCCUGUCGUCUCAGUGGAGCCCCGGGCCUCCACGGUGCGCCAAGGGGAGUCUGCCAGCUUCAGAUGCCAAGUGAAGAGCGGUGCGCAGCCAAUCACACUGGAGUGGAAAAGAGCCAAUAACCAAGCAUUACCAGACAAUGGCAAGAUUGGUCCUGAUGGCUCUGUGCUGACGGUGGCUAACACCCGACCUGAAAACCAGGGCCAAUACCGCUGCGUGGCAGUCAACUCUGCAGGCCGCGGCACUGCCACAGCUACGCUGAACGUCAAACAUGCUCCCAAAGUGCGGCUGACACCAGCAGGACCCCUGCGGGUCAGAAUGGGUGACCCUGUGUCAGUAGAUUGUCGCGCCACAGGCAGGCCAAGUCCCACGCUGAGCUGGAAACGCCAAGGCUCCACGCUACAGCUGGUGACCAAAGAGAUAAACGACGUCAACACCAUACAGUGGGCUGCAGUGCAUCCAGACGACUCAGGAGUUUACAUUUGCCAGGCUGGAAACAAUGAGGGGGUGACAGAGGUCAAAGUUGAGAUCAUUGUUGAGGGCGGGCCAGGAUCACCCGUGGCUUCAGUGGGCACUUCAGAGAUGACGGUGGUGGAGGGACACACAGUCACUAUGGAGUGUCGAGCCACUGGUUCCCCUCCUCCUGUCAUCACCUGGUCCAAGCUGCGAGCCCCGUUGCCAUGGAAACACACAGUGGCUGGUGGAGUUUUGACACUGACCAGCGUGGGGCGCCAAGAUUCAGGACAAUACAUCUGCAAUGCAACCAACAUACAUGGUUACAGCGAGGCGUACACGCAGAUGGAGGUGGAGAGUCCUCCGUACGCCACUUCCCUGCCUGACCAGGUGAAGCUCCAGCCCGGAGACGCCCUGCGCCUGCAGUGCCUCGCCCACGGCUCUCAUCCAAUUCGGUUCGAGUGGAGCCGGGCGGGGAGGGCCACCCUGCCUCCAGCAGCAGAGACCACAAAGGAUGGAAAGCUGCUCAUCGCCCGUGUUAAGCUGAGCGACAGUGGAACGUACAAAUGUGUGGCCUCCAACCACAUCGGCUCCAGUGAGGCACUGGCCAGAGUCACCAUAAAAGCUUAAUCCGCUGUGGUCGCACUCUGUCUCACUGACAAACCAUCAACGCUUACAGCUUCUCCAAGCCUGCGUUGCUGCCAUCAAGACAAUCCAAAAGCUAAUACUGAGAAAACAGAAGAUAAUGUUUAAUAGAUUCAUACAUUUUAAGAGGUGAAAGAUUUCAAUGCUGUUUAAACCUUUGGUUUUAUUGUACUUAUGGGGGUUGAGUUUGUACUUUUAUAGAAAACUGUUGCCAUUAUUGCUGCUGUCUCACAUUUCCUUUUGGAAAGCUUUUCCCUGGGAGUCAGUGUAAACUGAUGUCCAUCACUGUGUGUGGGAGUUUCUUCUGCUGGAAUGCCUCUGCACCCUGUUUUACUCCCUUUAUGUCAUCUGCUUAGUCGACACUGUUGCACUUCCAAAACUGAGAGGCGGACACAAAACAAAGAAAAACCUGAUCUAAUAUAAAAGCCCUUAUUAUGCCAUUAAAUAAUAAAACAAUAAAAACCAAA